GUCAGCUGAUCUCCACGGGUUUCCAUAGCGUCUGCCAUCGACCUUCAUUCGGUCCAGCGCCUCAUCUUUACCCUCUUCUCCACCUGAACCAUGGCAAGCCAGUCUCAGGGCAUUCAGCAGCUGUUACAGGCUGAGAAACGCGCCGCGGAGAAAGUCGCCGAAGCCCGGAAACGGAAAAAUCGCCGCUUGAAGCAAGCCAAGGAGGAAGCUCAGGCAGAGAUUGAACAGUACCGUCUCCAGAGGGAGAAGGAGUUCAAGACCAAGGAAGCCGCGGCGCUUGGUUCUCACGGCAACUCGGCCGUCGAAGUGGACAAAGAGACCUUGGACAAGAUGAGCCGCAUCCAGAGCAGUUAUCAGCAAAACCGAGAAGCUGUACUGAACAACCUUCUGAAGAUGGUGUGCGAUAUCAAGCCCGAGAUCCACGCCAAUUACCGCGUUGCUGGAUAAACCUUGCACACCUCUCCACCAUUUUAACAAAAAACACUGAGGCAAAGAUCACCAUUGUAAAACCGUAAAGAUGUUUCAGCCAUGCAUACGUGUUAAUUUACUGAUAAAACAGAUAGUUGUAAUGGUGUGAAUCGUCCGGCUGUUAUUUGUUUACCACAUUUCAAUAAUCCCACCAGGUUUUAGUCGGUUUUCAAUUCUCCCAAAUGAUAAAUGUACUAUUGGAUCUACCUGCUGUAGCUUUAGGUUAAUUAUAUUUAUAUUUAUAUUGUUUGAUGAUAAUGGCGGUUUGGCAGUGGUUCAGUGCAUGUCUUCGUCUGUGUAUAGUUGAACGUGUAGAAUCAUCAGUUUUCUGUUUGGAUGUAAUAUCAGUACGUACAUCUGUCUGUGCAUCUUUCUAUGCUGUGUGUUGUUUAUAUUAAUUGUUAAGAGUUUUAUUUCAUUGCUGAAUAACUACAGGACCCUGGAGAAAAGGUUUUCGUGCAAGCCUUAACAUCAGAAUUAGAUGUUCCUUGAAUAAAGUGUACAUUGUUGUGCGAUGAACACAAAAUAACAAACUGACUGCAAGAGAAAAGUCAACGGCACAGAUAUGUUUUCAUUUUCCAAAUUAAAUUCUUUAUGCUGCAUGAAAAAAGGAGAAAUCUUCAUAGCCACUACAAGGUUCUGUGGAAAUUUUUUGUCUGGAACAUUUAUGAUAAAUUUGUUUAGAUGAGAAAUACGAAUCAAGCUCUUUGUUCCUCUAAAUGGCUUCUUUCUCGUAUGUAUGCGACAUUCCUCUGUGAAAGUACAGUAAAUGCUAAUAAAUGGUUCUGUGUGUCUCA